AUGGCGGAUGGCAGCUGUGGGUACCGGUGCGUUGCUCAAGCCGUGUACGGGGAUCAAGAAAGAUGGCCGCAAGUGGGAGGGGAGUUGCUUAUUGAGUUAUACGAGCAUGCUAAUGUGUACACGGCGAUGUUUGGCAGUAUCGGAUACGUUGAGGUCAUACGCAAGUGUGACUGGACCUCAAGGCCUUGUCCACAAGCUUAUCGGAUGGACAUGAAUGAAAUGAGCUUGGCCAUUGCUACCAGAUACAGUGCAUUAGUGGUACUUUUGACUCAAGUAGGGAGUAUGACUUACAUUCCAAUGUUUGGCAGUGGUUACUUAUCAUGUAUGAUUGUUGUGACAUUGCACAACAAUCAUUUCAUGUUUGUUAAUUUGGUCGCAAAUAGUCCUCUACCACCAAUCCAUCCGGCAUGGGUACACCAUAAAGCUAAAAACCUGAGGCACUUACUCAAAAUGUACAAACCCCGACUACUCUUGUACGAACAAUUAAAGUCUGGUCGGUAG